GGCGGCCCGUCAGCGGCCGUCGACCGCUGCUCAUCAUCAUACGAUACGAAGUCAGAGGGCUGACGGCAGACAGAAACCGACACCCCGGACGUGGAAGAGCAACCUAGAUUCUACCUUGGCUCACACAAUCCGGUGAGUUGUCGACGAGAAUCAUUGGAACGCAAUCUUUUUGCUCUCUGUGUUCGGUCGGGCCGUAUACUAUUGAAGUGCUGUGUCUUGUCACCGUUUCUUCUCCUGCUGCUAUUCAACAGCUGACGCCGGAGUGAGCUGUCAGAUUCUCAAGCCCUCUCUGAGGAUCUUGACGUUCGAGCGGAGAAUCGCACGCGGAGGAAGAGCUCGGAUGCGGCGGAAACCCUGAAACCGAAUCUGCUUGUUUGCUCGACGGAUAGGUCGAGAUGAUUCAAAUACAGGCGAAACUGGUCAGAGAACCAGUUUACAUCGCUGGGGACAUGAUCGAGUGUAUUAUCACGUUCAAGAACAUUUCUCAACCGUGCGAAAGUACUUCACCGGAGGUGCUCGCUUGGGCCUCAGCCCAACUCCACUGUUACUGCAGCAUCGACGAGGGCAAGGUUCCAAUGCCUGCGAACGUCCGCUGCGAUCAACUGGUCAGCGGCAACAAAGAAACGUCAUUCGUUCCGAAUCAAGGCGAGAAAGGAUUCGUCAUCUAUUCAUCUCAGCCAUCAAUUCUUCUCUGUGAUCUUCAUCUCCUCCCCGGAGAUGUGAAAGCUUUCGUUUAUACCGAACGCUUACCUCAGUUCCUGCCGCCGUCGUUCAACGGUCAGAUGGUUCGCUACAAUCACAAGAUCUCGAUAGGCACACAGAAGAUGAACGCGCCAAGCAAACUGAUGAAAAUUCCGCUGAAAGUCAUCCAGAUAAAUGACUUUGUAUAUCCGGAGCGAGACAAUCAGGAUGAGAAUCUGAAUCCCUUCCUCGCGCCAAAACCCAGUCUCGUCGACUGCGCGAUGGAAUACCUGGAAGACCUCACGGCGCCUAGACAACCAUCCUAUUUCAACAUAACGCAAGGCGAGCAUUACGUCGCUCGCUUCUGUCUUCUGAAAUCGAAUUUCCGAUUGGGUGAAGACAUCGUCGGCACUUUCGAUUUCUCAAAAGCAACUGUUCCCUGCGUACAAUACUCGGUCACCCUGCAGAGCAUGGAGAAGACGAGUAAUGGGAAGUGCACGAGCAUGCUCUCGUAUGGCAAAGCCCACGAAGUUUGUCUCUAUCUGAAGCAGACUCAUAUGGCUCUCCCGAUCCCUGUCCAUGCGGCCGCCUCGUUCCAGACCGAUAUUGUCGAACUGUCAUGGCGUCUGCACUUUGAGUUCGUCAUGACUCCGAAUGAUCUCAAAGCGCUUCCGCCAGAACUUCAGGAGCACACGUCCACGGACUGGAUGCCCCCGAAGGAGCUCGAUGUCAACACGAUGGUUUGGAACUUGCCCGUCAACAUAUUCCCACCGCACAGCGCUCACGCUGCUGUUGGUCUGAAUCUGCAACGAGAAUUCUUCAAAGUGCUCUAG